UAUCUUCCUCUAUGUUACAAAUCUUAACAAAACUGAAAUCUUGAAAGUAUCUUCCGAUAGGAUCCUCUCACCUUCAGUUAGAUGAGACAUAAUUCCUAAUUGGCAGUAUAAAAUCUAAUAUGCUAAUGAAGCUCCAUUCCACAGUACCUGUUACUCAGGCUAGCAGUUGGGAACACCAACUCCAGAAUUUCAGAUCUGGUCCAUAAUUGGGGUAGGGAGGGGCUUUGGGCGGGGCCUCCAGAUGGGGAGGAGGCGUUGAUAGAAAGCUGUGGGGCUAGCCGAAGGCUGUCACUACUUAAGCCUUGUAGUAUUUGAGUGUACAAGGAUCUGGUGUGUGAGCAGCAUUCUCAGUGAGAAUUGGAGUGGAAUCUGCCAUUCACUACAGGCGUUUCGUCCCCUCUCCCGGACUGCUGAGAAAUGUGAGAGCUGCAGAGAUGACUGUCGCUAUAGGGAGCCGGCAGACACGAGGCUGUUCUUCAGGAUGGGCUGUGCCCAGAGGUCAAAGUAGCCCCAGGGUUUCAGCGAGAAGGGAAGAGGAAUGCAGUCAGGGACUGGGAGCAACACGGCACUGAAGCCAGAGAAAAAAGUCGGGAAGAGAGAGCCGCCUGUCACUGCUUUCGAAGACGCCGCCGCUCAAGUGCCGACUCGUGAGUACUCUGCGUCUCCUGUCCUCAGACGAAGUCGGGAACUCUCUUGAAGAACUCUCCCAGUUAGCAAACGAGGUCCCGACAACCACCUUCACCUGCUCUCCCCACCUGCCUCAAGGACGGAGCCGCUGCCACCCUUCCCCUGCCUACCAGACGGAGGCCGAGGGCAGAAGCUGACCGGUGCCGCCCCCUUCCGACCCAGGAGGAGGAGAUUUCGUUCCCCCUCCCUCCACUGUCCGGUCCAGCCAAAUUCAACACCUAUUUUCUCCUCCCGCUUCUCCUAUAUUCCCGACACCCCCUCGUCUUUCCCCUAUCCCUCCUCCCCAGAGACAGGGGAGGAGAAAAGUGCAGUCCAGGUCGUCAUGACUGAGCUGAAGGCAAAGGAUCCCCGGGCUCCCCACGUGGCGGGCAGAGCGCCCUCUCCCACCCAGGACGGAUCCCCUCUGCUGGGACGCCCGGACACAGGCCCCUAUCAGGCCAGGCAGGCUUCGGACGCGUCGCCCGCAGCCUCGGCCAUACCCAUCUCCCUGGACGGGCUGCUCUUCCCUCGGCCCUGCCAGGGACAGGACCCGGACGGGAAGACUCAGGCCCAGCAGUCGUUGUCAGACGUGGAGGGGGCCUAUCCCAGAGUUGCAGCCACAGAGGGUGCUGGAGGUGGUAGCUCUGGACCCCCAGAAAAGGACAGUCGUCUGCUGGACAGUGUCUUGGACACCCUCCUGGCGCCCUCAGGUCCGGGGCAGAGCCACACUAGCCCCCCUGUCUGCGAGGCGACCAGCCCUUGGUGCCUGUUUGGCCCCGAGCUUCCCCCAGACGCCCGGGCUGCCCCUGCCACCCAGGGGAUAUUGACCCCGCUCAUGAGCCGGCCAGAGGACAAGGAUGGCGACAGCCCCGGGAUGGCUCCUGCCCAUAAAGUGCUGCCCAGGGGCCUGGCACCGUCCCGGCAGCUGCUGCCCCCGACCUCCGGAAGCCAUCACUGGGCCGUGGCCGCAGUGAAGCCCUCUCCGCAGCCCGCUGUGGUGGAGGUGGAGGAGGAGGAGGAUGGCUCCGAGUCCGAGAGCUCCGUGGGUCCGCUUUUGAAGGGCAAACCCCGGCCUGCGGGAGGCACGGUGGCCGGAGGAGCCGCGACCGGUACUCCUGGGACCGCUGCAGGAGGCGUCGCCUUGGUCCCUAAGGAAGAUGCCCGCUUCUCGGCGCCUAGGGUCGCCCUGGCGGAGCACGACGCGCCCGCGACGCCCGGGCGCUCCCCGCUGGCCACUGCGGUGGUGGAUUUUAUCCACGUGCCCCUCCUGCCGCUCAACUCGGCCUUCCUGGCCGCCCGCACCCGGCAGCUGCUAGAGGGGGAGAGCUAUGACGGCGGGGCCGAGGCUGUCGGCGCCUUUGCCCCGCCGCGGGGCUCGCCCUCUGCCUCAUCCUCCGACUUCCCUGACUGCGCGUACCCCCCCGACGCCGAGCCCAGGGACGACGGGUUUCCGCUCUAUGGCGACUACCAGCCGCCCACCCUGAAAAUCAAGGAGGAGGAGGAAGGCGCCGAGGCCGCCGCGAGCUCCCCGCGGCCGUACCUGCUGGCGGGUGCCAACCCUGGCGUCUUCGCGGAUUUCCCCCUGGCGCCGCCGUCGCUGCCUCCGCGAGCGCCGUCGUCCAGACCCGGGGAAGCGGCGACGGCCGCACCCGCCAGUGCUUCGGUCUCGUCCGCGUCCUCGUCGGGGUCGACCCUGGAGUGCAUCCUGUACAAGGCGGAGGGCGCGCCGCCCCAGCAGAGCCCGUUCGCGCCGCCGCCCUGCAAGGCGCCGGGCGUGGGUGCCUGUUUGCUGCCGCGGGACAGCCUGCCGUCCACCUCCGCCUCGGCCGCCGCCGCGGGGGCGGCCCCUGCGCUCUACCCGCCGCUCGGCCUCAACGGGCUCCCGCAGCUCGGCUACCAGACCGCGGUGCUGAAGGAGGGCCUGCCGCAGGUCUACCAGCCCUAUCUCAACUACCUGAGGCCGGAUUCAGAAGCCAGCCAGAGCCCACAGUACAGCUUCGAGUCAUUACCUCAGAAGAUUUGUUUAAUCUGUGGGGAUGAAGCAUCAGGCUGUCACUAUGGUGUCCUCACCUGUGGGAGCUGUAAGGUCUUCUUUAAAAGGGCAAUGGAAGGGCAGCAUAACUAUUUGUGUGCUGGAAGAAAUGACUGCAUUGUUGAUAAAAUUCGUAGAAAAAACUGCCCGGCAUGUCGCCUUAGAAAGUGUUGUCAAGCCGGCAUGGUCCUUGGAGGUCGAAAGUUUAAAAAGUUUAAUAAAGUUAGAGUUAUGAGAGCCCUGGAUGCUGUUGCUCUCCCACAGCCGGUGAGCAUUCCAAAUGAAAGCCAGAGAAUCACUUUUUCACCAAAUCAAGACUUACAGUUGGUCCCCCCACUAAUCAACCUGCUCAUGAGCAUUGAACCAGACGUGGUCUAUGCGGGACAUGACAACACCAAACCUGACACCUCCAGUUCCUUGCUGACCAGUCUGAAUCAGCUCUGCGAGAGGCAACUCCUUUCAGUAGUCAAGUGGUCUAAAUCACUGCCAGGGUUUCGAAACUUACAUAUUGAUGACCAGAUAACCCUCAUCCAGUACUCUUGGAUGAGCUUAAUGGUGUUUGCACUAGGAUGGAGGUCCUAUAAACAUGUCAGUGGACAGAUGCUGUAUUUUGCACCCGAUCUAAUACUAAAUGAACAGCGGAUGAAGGAAUCAUCAUUCUACUCAUUAUGCCUUACCAUGUGGCAGAUCCCACAGGAGUUUGUGAAGCUUCAAGUUAGCCAAGAAGAGUUCCUCUGUAUGAAAGUAUUGCUACUUCUUAAUACAAUUCCUUUGGAAGGACUCAGAAGUCAAAGCCAGUUUGAAGAGAUGAGAUCAAGCUACAUUAGAGAGCUCAUCAAGGCAAUUGGUUUGAGGCAGAAAGGUGUUGUCCUGAGUUCACAGCGUUUCUACCAACUUACAAAACUUCUUGAUAACUUGCAUGAUCUUGUCAAACAGCUUCAUCUUUACUGCUUGAAUACGUUUAUCCAGUCCCGGGCACUGAGUGUUGAAUUUCCAGAAAUGAUGUCUGAGGUUAUUGCCGCCCAGUUACCCAAGAUCUUGGCAGGGAUGGUGAAACCUCUUCUCUUUCAUAAAAAGUGAAUGCCGUUUUUAAUCUUUAAAAAAUUUAAUUUUGUGGUAUGUCUGUUUUUGUUUUCGUCAGGAUUAUGAGGUCUUGAGUUUUUAAAAUAUUCUUCUCAAAGCCUUACAUUUAUAACAUAUCAUACUGUGUACAUUUCAGAGAAAAAUUGUGAGGUUUUAGUUUUUUCCUUUAUAAAGCAUAACUUGAAUUUUUAAUGUUUCUGUGUAACCAUAUUUUCGUUAAGAGUUUACAAGAUUGGAAAAGUAUUAGGUUGAUUGCUAAAGUUAAUAUUAACCGUAUCAUUUCAUUACCAUUUAGGUGAGAUUUUAAACUUUCACAUCUAACAAAUCUACUUUAGAGGAAAAAAAAAAUCUUAACACAUAAAAAUAAAAAGCUAUUAUUAUGUGCUCUUUCUAUGUAGCUCCCUUUGUCUCCCUGAUAAUAUUUACAAAACAGAAACCUUAAGAUGGUAUGCAGAAUUUUGUCUACAUGAGUGUAUGUACAUUUUUGCAAGGAGGAAAUUUUAUAACCUUCAUCAGAUUUUUCCAAAGAGUUUUUAAUGCAAAAAAUAUUUUAGAAAAGAGUUAAAAAUUUUUGAAAUAGAUUGAAGCUCCUCAAGCUAGGAAAACCAGCUCAUAUGUUAAGACUGUUUCCCAGAUUGGAAACACAAACCUCUAAGGAAGUUAUUAAGUAAAGCCAUGUUAUUAUAAGAGAAUUAUGGGUUUUGUAGUUUUUUACUAACCUGUUUGGGGAAUUGUCCUCUAAUAAGGUAUUUCGAAUAGAAAUAGGAAGUCAGAAGAGCCCCUAACAUCUAGGGCGUGUGGAAAGCACUUCACCUUACUGAGUCUCUGUUUCCUUACCUUUAACACUGGGGUCUUGUAACUUUCCUGCAGAAUGUUCCUUUUGGUCCGAGAUAAUGGACAAAUCACAGGUUGAAAGUUUUUGAGUGACUCGGAUCCAAUUCUAAGGAAAUACUGGAUACUGGCUAACAAUAAUACAGCCAAUUACAGUAAUGUAAUUACAGAAACACACAAUUCACAUUGCUAUAUGAGCUGAAAGUACUCCUUUAGGAGACAGAUAAGAAAAGAACUCUCUUUUCGAAGGUAUCACUGGAGAUCCAUUUUUUUAAAAAAUAUAUGUAUAUAUCUGUAUAUACAUAUACACAUACACACAUAUGGAACAAGAAG